UCGUCGUCGUCAGCCAAAGCCAACACACAGCCCGCUGCAAACGGAGAAGCAGUUUUUAGUGUAGUUGCGUCAAAAAAAUCCACCAUACCAAAGUGAGAAAAGAAAAGGACUUCCUGAAGAACAUUUUAUGCGAAUUGUUAUUUUGGAUUAGACUGCGGUGGCCCGCCAGGGUAGGUCAAGUGAGUGAAGUGUUGAUAGAAGUUUACAAGUGGAAAAUCGGGACACGGAAUUGUGCUUGAAAAAAUCGGAACUCCAUCACGGAUCGGAGCUGGAUUUCUGCGAAAUUUUCUGUGAGCCACACUCUCGGGAGUGAUCACACAAUCCAAUCUCCAUCAUCAUCGUCGUCGUCGUUGUUGAGUUGAAUAUUAAAUCGAGCGAGCCUCGGCUGGCAGUGGAAUUGAUUCCCUCGGAAAAGAGGCAGUAACAGAGUGUCGUUCCGUUCGGUCGUCGUCGCCGUGCCGGAGGUUAGUUUUUUUUUUCCCCAGCAGUAGUGCAAAGAGUGUUUCUGUGACGGAAUUUUGUGCUUACUUCCGGUGAAGGAAUCCGACAUUGUGCAGUGCUGUGGACCCGUGCGAUUUUACGUGGGCUAACAGCACCGAAGGCGGUCGUGAUUUUCGCCGUCGACAUUUUGACAUCCACACAUUCUCGUUUUGUGCGGAGGCCUGGUGCUGCUGCUGGUGGAGUGUGUAAAUAUGCCUGGAUAGAAGAGGAGGAGAAGCAGCAAGAAUAUACUGUGUAGAAACAACGACAGGCAGCAGCUCCGAGUGAAGAUGGCUGGAAUUUUUCUGCCAUCGUCGCGGAAUUGACCGUAAACCGGCGCACAGGGACACGGUCAACGUUGUGCCAAGGUGCAUAUUGUUUUUUUUCUGUUGGUUUCCGGUUACUUUUUGAAUGGCUACUCCACUUUGGAUCCAAUAAUUUCAUAUAGGAAAAAUAGGCUACAUGUCAAAAUUGCACAAGUAGAGUAUAAUAAGAAGAAGCAAAAAAAAAUGAGAGGAAAGUGAGCAGAUAGAGGAAAGUACCUGUGUGUGUGUGUGAAGCUGUGAAAGUGAUUCCAGAAAUCUGUGUGUUGUACGUCGUCGUCGUAACUUGGAGGAGAGCCAAGCAAGAGCAACAGCAGGCAGCCUUUGGUGGUGGCUCUUUUUAUCUAUAUGACUGCAAACAAGCGAACCUACUUGGCGGGAUUAAUCGCCAUCUGGAUCAUGUAGAAUACAGUGCAACCGCAGCAACAGUGUGCAUAAAAGAAAACCUUAAAUCCCGGCAUCAACGACUGAAGUGUGUGACCUCAUUCGAUUGUCUUCUGAAUUUCCCUGUAAAGUGUUGAUAAAUGGUCAAAAGAAAAAGAGAAGAAGAAUUAUUAGAAAAAUACGGUUUACACAAUAGAAGAGUCAAUCAAGUCACGAAAACGAAAUACCCAAAGUAAGUAGGUGAGAAUACCACCGAAUGCCGAAAGUGGCAAAGAAGAAAGGAUAAACACAGACAUCAUCUGUCUGGGGCUUGGGGCAGGCAGGCAGGCAGCAGCAGAAUUUGGAUACCGUCUGUUGAGGAGAAGUGAAAAAUGUAAUCAAAAGCAAAGCGGCAAUCAACAAGAAGUCUCGAAGUCGAAGUAUGUCGAUGGAAAGAAUGUGUAAAUAAUGCUGAAAUAUUGGUUGCUGCCAGCGCAACAACAACAAGAGAGCCAAAUUUGUACGUAUGUGUGUGUGUUUGUGUGCGCGCGCGCGAGUGUAUCUGGCUCUAGCAGCUGUUGUUACGCGCCAGGGGGAGCCACUUAAUCUUGGGCUUUAAUCGCGGGAAAUAUGCAAAAAAUGCCAAUCUAACCCAAAUAGUUGAAGGUUGUCCUGUGCAGAGAGUGAGUGUCUGUUUGUCAGUGUACGUGCAUGUAUUGUAAAUGCUGAAUCUCAGCGAAGGAGCGAAGAAUAAAUCUCCCGCUAGAAUAGUUUCGUCCCAGCGGAGCAGAGGUGAAGGGAAGUGAAGUGCAUGCGAAGAAACCCAAAUACACCGAAUGCCAAACCGUACCGAAGGUGUCACCGCAGCAACAUAAGGGCUUAGCGGGCCAUAUCCAGUGGUUCUGAUGUUGCACGUGGCCCAAAACGGUGGAACCAGUGUGCCAGAAUGACUGGAACCUGGUUCGUGGCUGAUUGGCUGGAAACAACUGAAACGGAUUUAUUAACAGCAGCAGCAGUUACUACCACCGGUGGUGUCAACGCCACUGGACAACUAUUUCAACGUCGACAAGAACAACAACAGCAGCAGCAACAAUGCAGUCUCAGGAUGCGAUAGGCGACUGUUCUCGUUACAUCUUGCAGGUGUACGUGGGGGCGCUUUCACUACACUAUGAAGCGCUCAGUGUGGAAGCCUCCAAGCAGACCACGGCGGAGGAGAUCGUUUCCUGCAUUGUCGAACGGUUGGGGCUGACGGGCAACAACUAUGAGCUGGCCGAGGUGGCCGGUGAGUGCAAGGAACGGCGACUAUCGCCCCACGAGAAACCCGUCUCCGUGAUGCUGCUGUGGCCGAUGCAUUCGGAGAAAGAUUUUCAUAGAUUUUAUUUACGUGAAAGACAAAGCGAUGUUCCUUGGCUAGAUAAUUACGGACUGGAUCCACAGAUACUAAGAGACUUUAUACCAUUUCUACUUCAGAAAGAAAAUAGAGAAUAUCCUGAUUUGUGCCAAUUGCCAGACCUCAAUGAGGCGACGCUGCUGGAAAACCUGCGGCAGCGCUUUGAGGCUGGCCACAUCUACACCUACGUCGGGAGUAUCCUGAUAGCGGUCAACCCGUUCAAGUUCCAUCCCAUCUACAAUCCCAAGUAUGUGCGGCUGUAUCAGAACCAACGGAUCGGGCCGAUCCUGCCGCCGCACAUCUUUGCCAUCGCCGAUAACGCUUACUACAAUAUGCUGAAGGAGAAACGGAAUCAGUGUAUCGUAAUCAGUGGCGAAAGCGGUUCGGGCAAAACCGAGAGCACAAACUUCCUGCUGCACCACCUGACGGCCCUGUCGCAGAAGGGGGCCCACGGGUCCGGCGUGGAGCAGACGAUCCUCAGUGCCGGUCCGGUGCUGGAGGCGUUCGGCAAUGCCAAAACGGCGCACAACAACAACAGCAGUCGGUUCGGCAAGUUCAUCCAGGUGAACUAUCGGGAGAAUGGGAUGGUUCAGGGGGCGGUCGUCCAGAAGUACCUGCUGGAGAAGAGCCGGAUAGUGUCCCAGGGGUACUACGAGCGAAACUACCAUGUGUUCUACUAUCUGCUUUCGGGGGCGACGGAACAGGAACGGGUUGCGUUGCAUCUGCUACCGGCGGAGAAGUACCACUAUCUGAAUGCCAAGAACCUAACGUUGGAAAAUUGUGACGAAAAGUAUGAAUUUUCGCGACUGAAGCAGAGCAUGGAGAUGGUGGGGUUUUCGGCGGAGAAGCAACGGAGGUUGUUUGCCGUUCUGUCGGCAGUGCUGCUGCUGGGCAAUGUGGAGUUCUUUCCGAAGAAAUCCACUUACCAUCACGACGAAAGUGUACAGGUUCGGAAUCCGGAGGUGGUGGGACUGAUAUCGGAACUGUUGCGGGUCAAACAGGAAACGCUCCUGUCGGCACUGACUUCCAAACGGGUGAAGGCCAGCGGUGAAACGUUGAUCAUGCAGUACAAACUGCCGGAAGCGAUCGCCGCGAGGGAUGCGUUGGCGAAGUGUCUGUACGGAGCGCUGUUCGAUUGGAUCGUGCUGCAGGUGAACCACGCGUUGCUGAACAAGGACCAAACCGUGCACACCGGGCACUCGAUCGGGGUGCUGGAUAUCUUCGGGUUCGAGGAUUUUGGGUUGCAGAACAGCUUCGAACAGCUGUGCAUCAACUAUGCCAACGAACAUCUACAGUAUUACUUCAACCUGCACGUGUUCAAAUACGAACAAAAGGAGUACAAGCGGGAAGGCAUCAAAUGGACUGAUAUUGAGUUUUUGGACAACUCAGGAUGCCUGCAGCUGUUCGAGUCGAAACCGACGGGUUUGCUCUGCAUAUUGGAUGAUUUGUGCAACUUCCCGGGAGCUACCAAUGAGACGUUACUGCAAAAGUUCAACAGCGUCCACAAGGAGAACACGUUUUACGAAAAACCUCAGCGAAAGGAGAAUGCAUUUAUCAUCAAGCACUACGCCGGAAAGGUGAAAUACCAGGUGGCGGAAAUGCGCGAGAAGAAUCUGGACCUGAUGCGGCAGGACAUUGUGAGUGUGUUGAAGAACUCGAGCAUGGCGUUCGUGCGGGAACUGGUCGGUGCCGAUCCGGUGGCCGUCUUCCGGUGGGCCAUCCUGAGAGCAUUUUUUCGUGGCUAUUUUGCAUUUAGAUCUGCCGGCACCAAACACCGGAAGGAACGUGCCGAUCAGUCCUUCAGCAAGCUCUCCACCAAGAGUCGCUACCGGGCACCGAACGAGAGCAUUGUCAGCCAUCUAGUGACGGUUUCAUCAGUGAACCUAACUAUUAAUCGAAUCGCUAAACGAAUUAGUAAUGCCAUGCACGAUAUCACCUCCAACGCGCUGAACAGCAACAGCAAUAGCAACAGCGGGAGUGGCAUCACCUACCGGCAGUCACUUGGUCCUGGGACAGUCCAAGCGUUGAACAGCAGCGGCAGCAACAGCAGCAAUUACAGUUCGACGGCGGGAACGCCCCGGCGCUCCUGGUCCAGCUAUGCGUUCAGCAACAAGAACUUCCCGGACGGUAAGCUUAGCUACGAGUAUACCGCAGCAUCCGGCCAGCCGAACCAGCAGCAAUCCCCUCCGUCCUCUGUAUAUAGUAGUAGUGCUAGUAGUGGUAAGCAGUUGACAACGAACUCCGGCGGCGGCGCCGGUAAGCAGCUGGGCUACGGCGGGAACCUGUCGUCGUCGUCGCUGGCCGCACGGAACCGCUUCGAGCGAUCAUCGCAAGACGUGAUGGCACGCGCUUCGCAGAUUGUGAUGAAAAACAAAUCCUUUCGGCCCCGGGAGCGACCGAAGAAGGGCUUGAAGAAUCUGCAGUCGGUGAAGACGCUCUCCGCCGGGCAGAAUCUCUCCAACAACCAAACCGCCAUCAAGACUCGCAAGCAACCGCUAACGGUUACGGCUCAGUUCCAAAUCUCGCUGAUCGCCCUCAUGGAGACGCUCAACCAGGCGAACCCAUUCUUCAUCCGGUGUAUCAAGUCAAACCCGAACAAGAUAUCGAACCAGUUCGAUGAAGCCACCGUCACCAGACAGCUCCGUUACACGGGAAUGCUGGAAACGGUCCGAAUCCGGCGAGCAGGCUACAAUGUGCGGCUUACGUACGAGGAGUUCAUCCAGCUGUACCGGAUACUGCUACCCAAAGGGUUGAUCAGCUCGCAGAAGGACGUCCGGGACUUUAUGAACACGAUGGACCUCAACAAGCAGCACUAUCAACUGGGGCUGACCAAGAUCUACAUGCGGGAAUCGCAGAAGAUGCGGUUGGACAUAAGCUUGCACACGAAAAUCAUCGACAGUAUCAUUACGAUCCAGCGGUGGUUUCGAUCGAUUCUGCAACGUAAGAAGUACUGCCAGUACCGGAGUGCGGCCUGUACGAUCCAGUCGUACUGGCGGUUCUAUGUGAAGGAGAAACAGGCCAAAUUCCUGCGGAAGCUGCGAACGGAAGCGGCCACCAUGAUCCAGAGUGCAUGGCGAGGGUACACCGUGCGGAACUGGUACAACAAACUGAAGACCGGGGUACAGGUGGUGCAGGCACGCAUCCGAGGGAAUCAGGCACGGGAGCGGUUCAAGGUGGCUGUGAGUAAGAAACUGCAACGAGAACGUGCCAAACUGCGCUCGACGCAGAGCCUUCCGGCGGUCGAACGCCCGCUAGAGAGUUCCUUCGAUACGCCGGAGAUCCAGCACCACAAAGCGAUCGGUGGCGGCAAGAAGCAACCCUCGCCGCCCGUGGGCAUUAGCUUCGAAUCGGCCAUCGACAUAGUCAACAAAAAUCGAUCCCUGUUCAGCGAUAACAGCCUAAGCAGCGCGGACUUCAUCGACGACGACGAAGAUGAUGAGGACGAAGACGACGAGUACUGCUACGAGGAUAUGGGUCUGGUGGACGAUCCGACCUUCGUUUCGGGGGUCCUGAGGCACGAAGUGUUACUGGAGAAGAAUGCCAGCAGUGGCAGCACGGACAGUAGCCUAUUGGACUUCGCCAGCAGUCAGCAGCAUUCGAAGGUGCCACUCCAACGCCAGGACGAUGUAUUGGAUCGACCGAUACGGAAGUACGAAAUUGAGCGCGCGAGUAAGAGUACGUUUGACGACGCAGAAUUGGCCAAGUAUCGCUAUGAGCGAGGACUAAGUUCGAUGGGUGGUAGCAGUACCAGCAGCGGCAAACUACCGGUGCGACGGGUAGACUCGGGACCAUCGCCGAGCCAUCGUCUGCGGUACGAUGCGUACGGCAGUGGCGGCACCGGUCUCAGUAGUGGUGGAAUGAUUCGAAAUCAGAACCACAGCAAUAAUAGUUUUAAUUCCAGUAAUGUUGAAAUCGUUCUUGUAAAUACCGGUUUAGAUAGUCUCUCUUCUUCAGUGGCCACUUCCGGAAUUGCCAAUAGCGGUAGCAGUGGUAGUAGUCCGAAUGCACCUACCGAACAGCAACCGCAAAAGCUUCCUCUCCAGCGGAAUCUCAACCGUAACACAAUCAGCCAAACGCAACAACAGUCCAGUACCACACUCAGUCGUCGGGAGCUUCUGUGUCGAAGCCAGGGCGACGAAAUCAACUCCAAUUAUCACCUCCAGCAUUUGCAGUCAUCAUCCCUCACGCCAUCGCUGUCGUCAGCCAACUAUCAGAACGUCCAGUACACUUCCUCCCCUACGUCAGCAUUCCAUCAGCAUCAACAACAGCAGCAACAGCAGCAGCAGCAGCAGCAGCAGCAACAACAUCUAUCGCACUCAUACAACAAUAACAACAACAACAAUACAAUCAAAUCCCCCAGCACUUCCAAUACCAACAGCAACAGUGGUAGUAGUAACAGUCUAUACAAUUACGUUACUCAGCAACAACAACAGUUUAUCCCACCGGCGGCUAGUCUGGGAGCUGCACAAAGCAAUCUGCCACCUUCGCAGCGGGUAUCUAGCAGCUAUCCGGACGACUUUUCCCAGAACUAUUACAAUACCACCACACCGAAGGGCAAGGCAGCUGCUCUGCUCGGUACCAAAUCCGAGGACUCCAAGUAUUCCGGUGGCAAGGACAUUGAUCUGACGCUAUCGAAUCCUGCGAUGGUGGCGUCCGGUACGACGAUCGUUCCGAGCAAAACGCGACGCAUCAAAACGAAUCUCAGUGAUGAUUUCUCCAGUGCAAGCGGCGGUGGCGGUUCGACCGGCCAAACCGGUCUAAGUCGACGGGGUGCUAUCGUAGGAGUGGAUACACUCAAACGACGGAACUCGGAUCCGUCCAACAAGACCCCCCUGUUGGAGGUGAACCGGGGGAACGACAUGUAUCAGUCGAGUACCCGGAUCAACAUCGCGGGGCACCAGUUUCGCAAGGUGCAGCGAAUCAACAAAGCGGAAAAGUGUGCCAGCUGCCAGGAGAGCGAUUCGUUUGUCAACGAAGGCUACCGUUGUUUGGAUUGCAAGGUGUUGGUACACACCAAGUGCAUCCAGAAUGGGGGAAUCAAAACCUUGCAGUGUGCUGCCAAACGAUCGAAGCGGAUACGAACGGGAAAGCACGACAAGCAUGCCCCCAUCGGGGCCAGCACUCCGAAUUCCAAAUUCUCCGCCACCCGAGAGUACACCGACUCGACCGAUAAGAUUAUAAGCGAUGCCAAAGAGCUGCAGCUGAUGCAGGAUUUCAUCACGCAGAAGAUCUGCAAGAUGGAAAGCGAUUGCGAGAAGCCCUCGGAGGUCGAUCGGGUGUUCAAGCAGGCGCUGCGCGAAUUCAAGGACAACUUGGUGGCGCAGUACAGCGUGGCGCACAAGCAGAACUCCGACCUGCUGAACAUCAAGUAUCGGGAUCUGAUUGCCAACUUCGAGCAGGUGAUCGAAACGACCUCCGGGCGGAAGAACGACUUUCCCCUGACGAUGGGGGUGAACGCGUUCCGAGGCUUCAUGAACGAGUUUAUGAACUCGCGCGAGACGGAGAAGCCGAAAGCGAAGCGGAAAAAAGACAAGAAGCGCAAGCAUGACGAGCACACGACCUACAAUGGCCACACAUUCCAGUUAACGAUCAUCAACAUUGCGACGGCGUGCGAAAUUUGCCAACAGUUUCUCCUCUGGCCAAUCGAACGUGGAUUGGUCUGCCAAAACUGUCGCCUAACGUGCCACAAGCGGUGCUACCUGAAGUCGGCCGCCUGCAGUAAGAUAGCGGCCACGGCGGGUGGCCCACUGGUUCCCGGUGGGUCGGUAACCGGCGCGAUGAGCAGCGCCGGCGUCGACAGCGGCGCCGGUGGCCAUCAGACGAAACUGUUCGGCGUUCCCCUGACGGCACUGUGUGCCGGAAGUGAUGGGAUCAAGAUUCCGGCUCAGAUCUACAGCUUGAUCAUGAUGAUUGAAAUGCACGGGUUGUACUCGGAGGGAAUCUACCGGAAGAGUGGGGUCAGCUCGAAAAUCAAGGAACUGAAAUCGCAAAUGGACCGCGUGGCAGGCGGAUCGGAGGAAGUGGAAUUUGAAAGCUACAACGUGCACGUGUUGACGAAUGUGUUGAAGUCGUUUUUGAGGGAAAUGCCGGAGCCGCUGUUGACUUUCGAUAGGUACGAUGAUUUUCUGAGGGCGGCGGAUCUGUCCGAUGCGAACGAUCGGGUGCAGACGCUGUUGUCGUUGAUUAAGAAAAUUCCACCGGCUCAUCACUGUCUGCUGGAGAGGUUGAUUUUCCACUUGGCUUUGGUGGCCAAGCUGGAGCAGUACAACCGGAUGUCGGCGAGUUCAUUGGCCAUUGUGUUUGCGCCAUGUGUACUGAGGACGAACCGAUACGUUCCGGCGCAGGACAGUUUGAAUGACAUCGGGCGGCAGACCAAGUGCAUGGAAACGUUGAUUACGCAGAAAAUGUUGAACGUGAAGAGUACCCUGGCGGACAUUGAUACUCUGGACACGGCAGCACAUACGGCCACGACCCGGUUGAGCACUUUGAGGAGUAGUAAGGUGUUUACGCAGGAGGAGAUGGCAUCGAAUUCGAGGGGAGUCGGUGGAACUCUGGAAACGGAAACGGAAGAGAUGCUGCUGGAAGGCCACAUUCAGGAGAUUAAGAAAGAGAAGGCACUGCUAACGUCAACAUUGCCAAGUUUGGCCCGGGCGAGCUCGGAUGACGAUCUGCUAUCAACGGAUCUGGACGGCGAAGGCGGGAGUCUAGAUGAUCUGAGCAGUAGCAAGGACAAAGAUCUGGACACUAGCUAUAACAAUGUGAUCAGCGAUAGUGGAAUAUCGAUUCGCUACCAGCCACCGUCGGAUCACGGUAGCAGUAACGUAAGUCUCAACAACGACAUACCAAUGGCUGUGAGUUAUAAUCUACGAGGAGAUCAAAGUAUCGAUUACUUCCAUAAAGUAGGCAAAACGAAAUCCCUGUCCCACCAAACGCUGAUCGAUCGGGAAGCCUUCCUGAAAAGCGGUAGUCAAAGUGGUUCCGCGACCACCCCGCAAUCUCCUACCACAACAAUCGCCACGUCGUCUUCAUCCCCUUCUUCGUCGUCGAUGAUCAAGUCGCAGAACGGAAGCACCAGCAGCGUUAGUAACCACAGCAGCAGCACCACCACCUCCAAGCGGUCAGAUCUGAAUCUCAGCCAUUCGAUGGUUACCCUAUCGACGGGGGGCGCAACCGGUGGUUCCACCGGAUCCACCGAGCUCCACCGCCAGAAGCCCAUCAUAAUGCGUAGCAUUUCCGGUGGCUACGAACCGUCCUCGUCGUCUUCCAUUUCCGCCGGUGGAGCAGGAUCAAAUUCUGCUUCCUCGCAAAAAAUCCUAAUCCAACAAUCCGCUUCGAUUCCGACGCUGAAGGACGCCAACAAGGUCGAACCGAUCAAAAUGAGCCGGCGGAUGUCGGGCAGUCGGCGGCAAAAUAGUAGCGGAGGUGGUGGCGGUGCCGGCGCAGGAGGUGCAAGUCCGUCGUCGGGUUCCGGCAACGGAAACGGCGAUGAUGAACCGAUUAUGGUCUAGAACAAAGAAAAGCCAAUCUCG